CUGUUUUAAAUAGCGAGAGAGAGCUCAGCUGUGACAUCGACACAAAGACACUUGUUGAGAGCAUCUCCUCCGGCUCACCUUGCAGUCACGCUAAGGACAACUUGUUCAAGGAGAACCACGACGCUAUUUUCCUUCAAGAAACCUUCAAGUCACGAAAUUACAGGAAUGGACAAUAGCAGCAGACUGAUGUUCGCAGUCGUCAUGGUAAUGGCGUACAUGGUGAUGGGAGCCCAGACCCAGAACUCCACAGUGGCCCCGAACGUCACUAUGGCAGCUAAUGUUACUACUACAGGACCCAACAUAACAACGAACCUUAGCACAACACAUUCCCCGGGCGUCAACAUCACAAUCAAUGGUACCAUGGCACCCAACACAACAAUGUCUCCGACGGCUGUGGUACCUGUUGUCAACACUAUCAUCACAGCUCUCACGGUAAACAUCUCAAUGACAGAAUGUGGAAAGACUCAGCUCUGUGCUGCUCAGCCGGAAAACUGUGAUCCGGCCGUGGCUGGGUCCUGUUUCUUCGUCUCCACCCAGCAGUCCUCGGGACAGACUUUCUCCUUCCAGCUACGAGGAGUGUCCAGUGGCUACAUCGCUGUAGGCUUGUCCACAAACUCCACACUGGAUGGUAACGCCACCAUCUAUGUGUGCGCCAACAACAACGGCAACGUGAAUUUCUUCACCGCUCUCCUCGACAAAGGAAAUCUGACCACCAACACACUGCCUGUGAACUCUGUGAAGGGCUCAGUCAACGGUCAGACCAUCCAGUGCACCUUCUCUGCUACUGUCCCCAACGCUACGGCCACCCGGAGCAUCGACACCAGCUUCUACCUCUCCAUCUUCAAUGGAUCCUUUAUUAACGGAAUACUGGGUCGUCCAAAUGUUGUCCUGCUCAGUAGUAAAGCAGUGGACCUGUCCAACCCCCAAAAUGCUGUGACCAACUCUUUGAACAUCAUCACCACCACUACUGCUGCUCCCUCCACCACCUCCAGCCACGCCUUUGGCCUGCAGCACACCCUGUCUCAAGCUCUUCUGAUCCUGCUAGGUGUACUAGGUAUGAUGAUGCUGUAAUGCAGGUCUGAAGGUGAAGCACCAUGCAAUCAGGAAUCCUGUCUCCUUCCCUUUCUCACCUUGGCCAGGGUGCAUCCCUAAAUGGCACCCUAUUCCCUAAAUACUACUGUACCUUCACUAUGUAGGGAAUAGGGUGCAAUUCUGGACUCAAUCUGGUAACAGAACAAAGGACCAUCUGAAGUUAUAUGCAAUCAUGUUUUUCCACAUACUCAAUAAAACACCUAGUUGUGGGUAGUAAGACAUUAACCAACAGAAUGAACCCAGUGAUUAAAGGCCAAGUACUAACAUUUUGUGUUGAUAGACAAUACCGUUCAUUCAAAUUCAUUCAUCAUCUCCAGCAACGUUCCCAACAUCAACACUUAACUUCUAUCUUGUUGACUACAAAACAUAGAAGCCGCCAUUUUAAUAUAUGUUGAUGUUGGAGUAUUGCUGGAGAUGAAGAUGAACUGUCCCUUUAAGAAAUAACUGGGUGUAGAAACAGAUCCCCCAUAUCUGUACUGUAUACCCCCAUGUCAUCCCCUACAUGUAACUAAUUUAUUUGUGACAGAGGAAGUCAUUUUAUAAUUCUGUAUUUGCUGAUGUCCUGUUAUGAAGGAAGACUUACGUUUGUCUGUGUUUCUUAGUGGAUGUGUGUGAGUGAGAGUGACUUUGUGUAAAAUUUGUCUAGUGAUGAGAGUCCACACACAUACCCACGCUUGGGACAGACGUCAAUUCAACAUCUACUGCGUUCCACAUCGGUUCAAAGGCAUUUAAUUGAAAUAACAUGGAAACGUUGGUUCAACCAGAGAACUGCCCAGUGGGCCGUAGAUUAAGUCAUAAAGGCUGCAUUUAGACAGGCAGACAAGUUUAUACUUUUUCCAAUAUUUGGUCUUAUGAACAAUAACAUCAGUUAUUUUUCAUAGCUGAUCAGAAGACCAAUUUGUGUGUGUGUGUGUGUACACUAUGAAGCCACUAGAUGGUGAACUGUUCUACCUGACUACCCUUUUAAAUUAAAUAUUUGCAAUACAA